GACAACACUCUGGAAGCCUGACUUUUUUUGAGGUAUUGCAGAAAUGCCUCCCCCCCCGCCUCCCAUCAUUCCUUCACAGUCUCCAAGCUGAGAUUUUAUGCUGGGUGAGGACAGCCAGUAAAGCCCUGGAGGCUAGAGAACUCGAUUAAAAGGGAGAUGGGGGCAUGAAGAAUUGCCUGCAGAGCACAGAUAUGCUCCCCAUGGUGUCAUGUCCUACAGAUCUUAUCUGGCAAUCUGCUUUUACCUGCAAGGGUUUGACAGGAACUGGCGUGGACAGCAAAAGAACCUGGAGAUGAAGAUGUUUCUUGAACUUUUGGGUGCUCCAUAAAACUGUUGUGGUUGGGGAUGUCCUGCACAAAACCUGGGAAGAAAACCUGCCAAUAGCCAACAAUGACUUGAGUUGGAGAGCUGCUGCUUUUUCCACAGGACCAGCUGCCUGCCCGGUGUUCAGUGUCCCAUUUGGAUGCACCAUACACUAUGGUUCACAUCAACGUGUUGAAAAAAUCCAUGUUUGUUCUUGUGGUGAUACUGGUCACCCUCACAUUUUGCCUGUGGAGGGAGACAAGAAGAAGCUACUAUGUUCCUUUCAAGACUGAGAGUGAUGAUCUGAAGGUUCAUAGGACUGUGGAAAAAUGGAACCCACCUAAACCACAGGGUCUUUUCCAUGAAGCAGACAGUGAAUUGGGUCAGGUACCCAAAACUUGGUUAAGUAACCAGAGCAAACUAAAGGGCAGCACCUCUGGAACAGCUGAACAGUCCAAGAAAGCCCCAGACUCUGUGAAGGUAUGGGAUGAGGACAGUUCAUCCAGACACCUUAUACCCAGGCUGCAGAAGGUCAGAAAAAACUACUUGUCCAUGAACAAAUACAAUGUGACUUACAAUGGAAAGAGGAAUGCUGCUAAACUCAGCCCAGAGAAGCUGCUCUGCCAGCUACGGGACAGGGUGAAUGUGACCAUGAUACAAGGAUGGGAUGGUCCUUUUGAUACCUCUGAAUGGCAUCAGUACCUACCAGAGAAGAGCCUCAGUGAAACAGUGGGCCGCCUGGGUCGCUGUGCUGUUGUGUCCUCAGCAGGGUCUCUGAAAUCAUCUCGUUUGGGACAAGAGAUAGACAGCCAUGAUGCCAUCUUGCGAUUCAAUGGGGCUCCUGUCAAGGGGUUUCAAGAAGAUGUGGGGCAAAAGACAACGAUUCGUCUUGUAAAUUCCCAGCUUGUAACUGUUGAGAAGCAGCAGUUCCUGAGGGAAGCACUAUAUAACACUGGAAUCUUAAUUGUCUGGGAUCCAGCACCAUAUCAUGCAGAAAUUAAUGAGUGGUACAGAAAACCAGACUACAACUUCUUUGAAAGCUAUAAAUUGUAUCGGAGUACACAUCCAGAGCAGCCCUUCUACAUCCUGAAUCCAAAAAUGCAGUGGCAACUCUGGGAUAUUCUGCAGGAGAAUUCCCUAGAGCACAUUCAGCCUAAUCCACCAUCGUCAGGAAUGCUUGGCAUCGUGAUCAUGAUGACGCUCUGUGAUGAAGUGCACGUGUAUGAGUUUCUCCCUUCCAAGCGACAGACAGAUGUUUGCCAUUAUUACCAGAAGUUUCACGAUCGUGCCUGUACCAUGGGAGCUUACCACCCUCUCCUGUUUGAGAAGAACUUGGUGAAGCAUAUAAACCAGGGCACAGAUGAGGACAUCUAUACUCAUGGGAAAGUUACUUUGCCCGGCUUCCAGAACGUGCGUUGCUAGGAGAUAGUUUUUAGUGUGUUUAGGAAUUUUUCUUGACUGUCAAAGCACUUUUUAAAUCAGGGUUGUCGGAUUUGUUAGGUCUAAGCACUGGUGUGCACUUUGAUAGCUCUUCCAUGAUGCAAUACUUGCUCUUAGGAUCUCAUUGCUUAACUUCUCCCAGCUGUAAGGUGCUGUUAAUACACUGCAGCAUGUCCAUGCCGUAUCUUCAUGAGCCACUGCAAUAAAUUCCCUCCUGCUGAAGCCAGGCUCAUGCAGCAGGUGGAUACCGAAGAUGGUGUGUGAGAGAUGCAGGAGAUACUUUCUAAGCAGAGAUUGCACAAGUCAGGCUCAGAUGCUGAAUAUAGUUUGGUUUGCUUCAAAGGGGUGUUGACAGCUGAGAAACAAGAAAAAUAUAAACCUUGUACCCAUAGUCCUAGGAGCUCUUAGGAGCAGGGAUGAUUUAUGGAAACACUGUCAAAGCUUUUUUUAUGAUUGUUUGUCAUAAGCUAAACUCUUCGUCCAAAAUAUAUGAUUUUAUAAACAGUUUUUAAAAUAACCAUGACAACUUCCUUUUGAAUUGUAAGAUGUCUGAAACCACUCAGGUGGUGGUUUUGGCAGGGGAAGAGGGUGGCAGUUCACAAGGCGAUGAUUCUUGCAGGACCUUUCAAACUUUAUGCUUUUCUUUUAAUUGCCUAGAAUAAAUUAUAGUGAACACUUGCUUCUCCAGUACAGUGCUGUGCUUGAUAGAGAAGAAAACUUAUUUCGAAAACAUUUUGGGGAUGCUCGAAGGCACAAAUGGGAGAACUCGCUGAAGUGGGUACCUUUUUCCAGCUCCCUAAUGGUCUACCUUGGCAAGUACUUGCCAAUUUUGCAAAUUACUUGCCGUCUCAUCUCUGUUAACAGAAAUGCCACAUAGCCCCUGGCCAGAAGAGUUCCAGGUUUCUGCAACCUAGCCAAGCCAAGGUGCUUUCGGGGAGCAAAUGCUUUACCUCCAUGCUUCAUAAAUGGUAGGGGGGGAGAGCAUGUUCUUCUUGUGCUGAAACACAGGCAUAAUUGAGGAGGGCACCAUUUCACUGCUCGAGGGGAUGCUCCUGUGACAGCAUGGUAGAAGUUGUAGCUCUGCUGUCUCAGUGCUUCACUGCAAAAACCUUCAGUCUCUUCUUACACACUGGUGUUUCAUGGUGUCUGUAAAGAAAACUUUUUCUUCUCCUGUUUUGAAUAAAGCCUGUGAAAUCACUUGCCUAUUCUUGCUUUGGUGAAAACCAGUGUACCUGCCAUUGCUCUGUGACUGUGGGAACUUGUACCCGCACAGGCAGAGCUGGGAGGGAGCUGCUUACCUGCAUGUAUGAGUCAGCCCACGGCUCUGCCCCAUCUUGGUGAGGGUUCUCCAGCUCUGAGGGUGACUUUCUGCAUGCCCAUCUGUUGGGAUGGGUUGGAUCUGUCAGUGUUUACAAAAAUGUUUGUCGUGUCAGAUGUAUAUGUAAAACAACGUAAGUCUUUGCGCUGCUGCUCAGAAGCACUAAGACAAGA